AUGGGGCGCUGGAGGUUCCUCCUGCCCCCCUCGGGGCGUGCAGGCGAGCGCCGGGGUCGACGCGCCCCGGCUCUGGGUGGUGCAUUGGUGACUUUCCCGUUGCAGUUCCCGCUUUGGGGGCAGCCACAUGUGCCCAGGGCGGCAGGUGGGCCCGUGGCCCUUGGUGCAGUCGAGCCGUUCCCGUCCCUGCAGGGGCCCCCGUCGCGAUGUCUGGCCUCGUCCUUCCCGCUGCCCCGGCAGCCCGUGCCCCCGCUGGCCCAGACGCUGGAGCGGUACCUGCGCUCGCUGGAGGUGCUGGUCACGCCCGAGGAGCUGGAGGAAACCCGGGAACUGGUGCAGGAGUUCGGGGCGCCCGGCGGGGAGGGGGAACGGCUGCAGGCCCAGCUGGAGCGCAGAGCCACCCGCAUGGAGAACUGGCUCUCGGAUUGGUGGGUGCAGAGCGCGUAUCUGGAGAGCCGCUUACCCCUCGCCGUCCACUCCAGCCCGGCCGUCGUGCUCCCCAAACAGGACUACAGCGACUGGAGGGGGCAGCUCCGGUGGGUAUUGGCGGGGGGAUGGCGGGAGCCCAGGGCUGGGCUAGCAGGGGCUGUGGGCGCUGCUGGUGGAUACCGGGGGGGGCACCCCCAGUGCAUGGCCCAGUACAGCAGCCUCUUCGCCUCCUGCCGCCUGCCCGGCCCCAAGCAUGACGGGCUCCUGCUGCCUGUCCCGGGGCGCCGGGCCCCCACCUUCAUCACCGUCGUCCGCAACUUCCAGUUUUUCCAGGUGGAGGUGUACAACAGCGACGGGACCCCCCUCACCGUGGACCAGUUGCACCUGCAGCUGCAGCGCGUCCGGGGGCUGUCGUGGAAGACGGACAAGGAGCCGCUGGGGGUGCUGACGGGGGAUCACCGGCACACCUGGGGCCAGGCCUACAGCACCCUCAUGAGAGACCGGCUAAACCGGGAGUCGGCCCGGUGCAUCCAGCACAGCCUCUUCACCGUCUGCCUCGACGCCCCGGUGCUGAAGGUGUCGGACGAGCGCUACCCCAGCCGCGUCGCCGCCCAGAUGCUGCACGGGGGCGGCAGCUACUCCAACAGCGGCAACCGCUGGUUCGACAAGACCCUGCAGUUCAUCUUGGGGGAGGACGGCGUUUGUGGGGUGCUGUAUGAACAGGCCGUGGCCGACGGGGCCCCCAUAGCAACCAUCAUCGACCAUGUCCUUGAUUACUGCAAGGACCCCGACACGGCGCGUGCCCCCAUGACGCCCCUGCCCCUGCCCCCAAAGCUGUACUUCUACAUCACCCCCGAGAUCCAGUGGGACAUCGAGCGAGCCAAACAGAACCUGGACAUGUCUACAUCAGUGGAGGUCAUCAGCGGUGGGGGGUUCAGGUUGGAUGGACAUUCGGGUGCAGGCAGGGGGAGGGGACUUGUCCGCGCCCCUCACCCCGCUCUCCCCACACCCUGCCAGGUGGCUUCGCGCUCCGACUGCCUGAUGAUCUACGGGCCGCAGGUGCCGGACGGCUACGGGGUCUGCUACAACCCGCUGGACGCCCACGUCAACUUUGCCAUCACAGCCUUCAACUGCUGCCGUGAGACCCACGCCCAGCGCCUGGCCCGCACCCUGCAGCAGGUCCUGGACCAGCUCGCCCGCCUGCUGGGAGAGAACCCGGGGAGCGCUGACGGGGAGGGGGGCGGGGAUGUGGAGGGGCAGCCCUGACGGGCCCCCGCCUGCCACCACACACUCCAUCUACCCACAAUGCCCCUCUGCAGCACCCCUCGCCUCCUUACCCACAAUCCCCCUGCCCAGAACCCCUCUGACACCCCCCAUUACCCAACAUCCCCUUCUGCGCCCCCUCGCUCCCUACCCAGAAUCCUCUAUGCGUCCCCUACCAUCCUACCCAGUAUCCCCUUCUGUGCCCCCUCCCCUCCUUACCCACAAUCCCCUCUGCGCGGGGGCAGCCCCCCCCCAUUCAUACAGGUAAUUGGGAGACAAAUCUAACUUAUUUUCUGAUGGACGGAAAAUUAAUAAAAAUCCUGGUGCGAUUUGUA